UGCAAAAUUUGUCAUCAAAAAUGUAUUUUAAAUUAAUUAACGAUUAAAAGGAAAGUGAUUGGGUUACUGGUAGCUAAACAUUAUGAACGCUUUAAAUGCUUUUGGUGUGGCUAUUGGCUGGAUGGACAUUGUGGGAGCGCUGUUUUUCGAAUUGAUUAUGUGUUAUUUGUUGCGUCGACGUCGUUUGGCCAAGGAAUCAGAAGAUGCAUCGAUUGAAGCCAACAAGGAAAAUCAAAGAAGACCUUUGCCAACUCUUUUGAGCAGAAAACAUUUGACGGAGAACGAAAACGUUUGGAUUUUCUGGGGCUACUUGUUGAUGCUGAAUGUCUGGAUUGGAGUAACGCUGCUGAUGAUAGCAGGUAUCACAUUGAACAAACCGGAACUUAUGACAUUUUGGUUGAUUUGGUGUGCCUGCGGUUUGGCCUUCGACGUCCUCUUUAUUUUUUGGUGGGUCUACGAACUUUUUGUUGGAGAAGUCAUCGAGGCACUGACCAACAUUUUGCUUUCCCUGCUGACCAUGGCGAUUGAGUUCGGCUUCUUUUAUGUUAUAUAUACCAUCUACAACAACUUGUCGAACUCCUCCAAAGAAGAAGCCAAUAAACUUGCUGUAAAAUCUGGAUUGUAUCUUAUGAUGAUUUCCGAUCAAAAACAAUAAUUAAAUAUCAAGGAUAUAAUAAAUAUAAAAGAUUUCUUGUUGAAAGCA